AUGGGCUGGGUGCACCAUGCCUCGCCUGAAGUGGAGGCUGAGUCGGAAUACCGCCUGAUUUUAGGGGUAUGCCUGGGCUUGACCUUGUUGAUGGUUAUCACAGUCUGCCUGCGCUUAGCAAUUCGAUUUAAUGCCCGCCGAUUGGAAGCGUCCGACUUUGUGAUGCUGGUGACUAUGUGCCAGGCCUUCAGUAUCAUAUACAGCGCACUGUGCAUCGCUCAAAGCAGAUAUGGUCUUGGAUUGCCCUUGUCGCUGCGCCCCAAGGCAGACCUUCCAGACUACACAAAGCUCAAUUAUGCCGGUCGCCCAUUCUAUCAACUCGGAAUUGCUGGAUUUAAAGCUUCCCUUUGCCUCAACUAUCUGCGAUUGAUUUCCGGAACGUCCAAGAAUUACUACCGAAUCCUUAUAUGGGCCGUAAUAACCAUCUCGACACUUGGUCAUCUUGCGGGAACCUUGGUUCUGAUAUUCGACUGCCAGCCGGUUGAGCGCGCCUGGAAUCCGAAUAUCUCAGGAUCCUGUCUGCCAGCAGGGCCAACAUUUUAUGGCUUAGCCAUCUUCACCAUCAUCUGCGACAUCACCAUCAUUAUCCUUCCCAUUCCGUUAUUGCUCCAACUGAACAUCAAGACAGCACAAAAAGCAGGAGUGGUUUGUCUGUUUCUGUUGGGGCUGUUCACCACGAUCUGCUCGAUCCUCCGCCUCACACAAAUUCAUCGGGUGGCUUAUGGCGAUGGAAACUCGACCAUGUUGGUGCUGUGGGGCACAAUUGAGUUCAACGUCGGGAACAUUGUAACUUGUGUUCCCUUUCUCGCCCCUCUGCUGAAAGGUGCGGUGCGCGAUUUCCGAUCGUACAGUGGUCGAAAAGGGUACGAUAGCCGGAGUUAUGCUUUGCAGACCUGGUCCAAAGAUCCGCGCUCGCAGUUACGGUCGACAACUUCGGCGGCGCCGCAACCCAAACGCACGCCCAGCGAAGAGCUUAUCCUCGAAAGUGGGGGCAUCGACGAGGGAGGCAUUCAUAUGACGGUGGAGCUGCGUGUUUCGCUAGAGAAGAGGCCAACAACAGAGGCCAGAGAUGCUUACGCUUCUCAGGAUCAAACCAGAGCGGGAUCAUAUUGGGCCGAUGUAACAGAGACAAGCCAAUGGAGUCGAGCAGAACAGGCCAGACCAACCGCCCCCGACGGGAUCUUCCCGGCCAUGAAGCCCAGAUCCAUCCAGGAGGAAUCCUGUGCGUCCCGUGAAACCUUAAUGGUGGUCCACUCGGGAAGUCAUCCCCGGGCGGCCACCGAGCUGUGUUCCGCACACGCCAGCUGGCCUGUUGGGCUAGAGACCGGCGCUAAGGUCUCAAGCACGACGCCGUCCCCCACGCGAUGCCGGCCUAACAUUCUUAGUGCUUUUAAGGCUCUUUUAGGGCCGGCCUUGUUUCACCUCACGCAUUAG